GUCUCCUACCCCUUCAUAUAUACUAGGACUACAAGACCAUCCUAAUUAUCUCUGUCAAUUAAGAUGGGGCUUAAGCUGUAUGGAACCCCCUCAUCCCCGAUCACCGGCAGAGUGUUGCUCAGUCUCCAUGAGAAAGAACUCAACUUCGAGUAUGUCCCCGUCGAUCUUCUCGCUUGUGAACACAAGCAACCCAACUUCCUUGCCAAACAUCCAUUUGGUCAGACUCCAGCACUAGAAGAUGGUGAUCUCACUUUGUUUGAGUCCAGAGCAAUAACAGCAUAUUUGGCUGAAAAAUACAAGAACACCGGCUACCAUCUUACGAGGCAUCAAAACCCUAAAGAAGCUGCUUUGGUGAAGGUAUGGACAGAGGUGGAGUCACAGAGUUUCAAUCCUGCAAUCCACCCAAUUUACUACCAAUACUUUGUGGCACCACUUUACGGUAAGUCUCCGGAUCGAACGGUGAUGGAUGCUUAUUUAGAGAAGCUAGAGAAAGUCCUUGAUGUGUAUGAAGCUAAGCUGAGUGAAACCAAGUAUCUUGCAGGAGAUUUUUACAGUCUAGCUGAUCUGCAUAACAUUACAUACAUACACUAUUUGAUGAAAACUCCUUAUGAUGGAGUGAUAACAGAGCGUCCCCAUGUGAAUGCUUGGUGGGAUGAUAUUUCUUCAAGGCCAGCUUCCAUGAAAGUUGCAGAGGAUCUGACUCUCGGUGAUUAGGAAUAAAAGCUCACAAGCUGUAGAGGAUAUGAUAUAUGAGAUUUCUGUUAUUGUACUAUAAUACAAUAAUUCAAUGGAACUUUGUAAUGAGCGAUAGUAUUUUGUUUUUGAAAUACCGUUGAGAAAUAUGUUUCUCAUUGGAAUCGAAUGUUGGGCACGCAUGUCUAACCAAAUUGAUUGUCAACCGAUUUGGUUUAGUUUUUAUCAAUAUAAUUACUGUCAGUUAGCUU